UCCAAACCCAGCUUCCUCCAAACCCAGCUUCCUCGGUUGUUUUUAGCAUGGGACACCACCACCACCACGGUAAUGCUACCAGCUAGAGACAUACUUCCCUAAAGACAACUGCUUUUAAAAACAUUAACCUAACUCGGAGUAAACACACACCGACAAUGCCAAGGAAAAGGAAAAAUGGGUAUAGCCCAGCGAGAGUACCCGGGUUGUCAAACGAUAACAGUAACAACUACUACCGACUACCGGGAGCUGGUGACGGUGCGCCGCCGCCGCCGAGAAGUGAAUUGAACACCGGGAGUAACUCUCACCACUACCGUAGUACUAAUACGGUCGUUAGAACAAACUCAAUAGACAUCUCCUCUACUUGUCAGGACAAGGACGAGAUAGUGAGGAACAUGCAGGAGAUGUUUUCUCACCUGGACCCAGAAGUUCUGUACAUUGUGUUGGCCGAGUGUGACUUCAAAGUUGAGAAUGCGAUGGAUUCUCUCCUGGAGCUGUCUGUUGCAGCUGAACGUGUUGGCCCCCUCCCUCCCCUCCUCUCUGGGUUUGAGCUCGCCGCAGCUCUCCUCACGCCCCAACACGACCCCUCUAAACCAGACCUUCACCCCCACCCUCCUACAGGGGAGACCGCUGUCCCCCUCUCCCCUCCUCUCCGCAGCGAAAAUGACCGGGACCUGAUCACUGACUUGACAGAAGAGUUUGAUGUUCUGAUCGACCGUGAGCUGGAGACUCUUACCAUACAGCAGGAAGCUGGAGAGAAGAGCCACGGUGAUCUUCACUCCACCUCCUCUUCCUCGUCCGUCUCUUCCCGCUCCUUCCUCGUUCAGCCCCCGGGCGCCCAGCAGCAAGCCCUGCCACAGCUGCACCAGUCCAGCCCAAGAGCCUCAGCCCCCAAGAGGGGGCCCCCAGGGGACCAGCCAUUCCCCGACAGGGUGUUCUCACCUGGGCAGGCUAGUGGACCUCACUCCCCUGUCUCUGGCCUGAGCCUCAGCUUCUCUGGAGGAGCACUGGGUUACCAGCAGCAGAAAUCAUUACUGGACUUCAGCCAUCUGAUUUCAUCGUCAGCCGAGACGGACAGAACUAAACCCAACCUGCCUUUGGACCUGGGGGCCUCCGAUCGCCGCUCUGCAUUCCAGGCGUACAGGAAACUGGACCAGUUCACUGUUUCUCCAGAGGGCGGGCGGACCGUACCACCAGGCGGCAUAGUAACGGGGGCGAGGACGAAGACGAGCGUCUCAGGAGAGGAAGAGCGACUCAACGACUCGUCGUUCUGGAAUGCUCAGGCGCCGGCGUUUCAACCGCAUGUCUACGGAAAUCGGGCAACGGCGCCGUCGUUCAUCGUCCCCGUGGCGAUAAGCCCUUCCAGCUGGCGCACCCGAGCCACGCCCGCCUCACACUGGUUGGCCCAGGGCCCUGUCAGUCAAGCCCCUGCUGGCCCCAGGUCUUGGACAGGGGGUGUGUUUGCGGCCGCUGGCCCCAGAGCACCCCUCCUCUCUGGGCAACAUGGUAGGCUCCGGCUGGAGGGGCGUGUCCUAGUGCUGCUACGGGGAGCUCCUGGGUCGGGCAAGUCCACUCUGGCCCGGGCCAUGCUGGAGCAGAACCCUCAUGGGCUGGUGUUGAGCACCGACGAUUAUUUCUGUCGCCAUGGGGACUAUCGCUACGACCCCUCUGCUUUAGGGGAGGCCCACGAAUGGAACCACGCUAGAGCCCAGGAAGCGAUGGAGGUCUCCUACUCUCCUGUCAUUAUAGACAACACCAACAUGCAGGGCUGGGAGAUGAAACCCUACGUGGCUAUGGCCCUGAGGUAUAACUACAAGGUUUUGUUCCGGGAGCCUGGUACCUGGUGGAAGAACAAACCCAGGGAAUUGGAGAGACGUACUAGGCACAGUGUUAAAGCAGAGAAGAUCCGUCGAAUGAUGGAUAAUUAUGAUCGUCACGUGACCAUUCACUCCAUCAUGGGGAGCUCUCGCCCAAACUACCACCGCAUCAGGAGGCCAAACUACCCCCCAACAGGACCCAAGCCCACCCCAUCAGGAGGCCAAACUACCCCCCCAUCAGGACCCAAGCCCACCCCAUCAGGAGGCCAAACUACCCCCCCAUCAGGAGGCCAAACUACCCCCCCAACAGGACCCAAGCCCACCCCAUCAGGAGGCCAAACUACCCCCCAUCAGGAGGCCAAACUACCCCCCCCAUCAGGAGGCCAAACUACCCCCCCAUCAGGAGGCCAAACUACCCCCCCAACAGGACCCAAGCCCACCCCAUCAGGAGGCCAAACUACCCCCCCAACAGGACCCAAGCCCACCCCAUCAGGAGGCCAAACUACCCCCCCAUCAGGAGGCCAAACUACCCCCCCAUCAGGAGGCCAAACUACCCCCCCAUCAGGAGGCCAAACUACCCCCCCAACAGGACCCAAGCCCACCCCAUCAGGAGGCCAAACUACCCCCCAUCAGGAGGCCAAACUACCCCCCAUCAGGAGGCCAAACUACCCCCCCAACAGGACCCAAGCCCACCCCAUCAGGAGGCCAAACUACCCCCAUCAGGAGGCCAAACUACCCCCCAACAGGACCCAAGCCCACCCCAUCAGGAGGCCAAACUACCCCCCCAUCAGGAGGCCAAACUACCCCCCAACAGGACCCAAGCCCACCCCAUCAGGAGGCCAAACUACCCCCCCAUCAGGAGGCCAAACUACCCCCCAACAGGACUCAAGCCCACCCCAUCAGGAGGCCAAACUACCCCCCAUCAGGACCCAAGCCCACCCCAUCAGGAGGCCAAACUACCCCCCCAUCAGGAGGCCAAACUACCCCCCCCAACAGGACCCAAGCCCACCCCAUCAGGAGGCCAAACUACCCCCCCAUCAGGAGGCCAAACUACCCCCCAACAGGACCCAAGCCCACCCCAUCAGGAGGCCAAACUACCCCCCCAUCAGGACCCAAGCCCACCCCAUCAGGAGGCUAGCCCGUCACAGUAAGUUUCCUCACCACACCCAGGCUGCAUCUCAAACUACCCCCCCCCAACAGGACCUUAGCAUCAGGCCCAAGUCCUCAGACAAGGCCCUCCGCGACCUGGUAGGAGAGCAGCGAUUGGUCCAGGGCUCUGAGAGGUCCUGCCCCCAGCUCUUCUCCUCGCUUCCUGACGUGUCGUCGGUCGGCCUCUCCGGGAGACCCGUAACCCCGGCACUUCGGAAAACACGGAAUUCGGACGAGGAGGAGGAUAUUCUUGAUUUAGGAGCGCUGGUCUCUGAACCGGACACACAGUUGCAACCGGAGGAGGACGAGGGGAAAAGGGGGGAGGAAGAGGAAGAGGGAGAGGGAGAGACAAGGAUUCCCCACUGUCUGGUGGAGUCUGUGUUUAGUGCAGAUCGCGACGAUGGUGACGACGAGAGGCCCGUGGCUUUCUCCGAGUCGAUUGGUCAGAGGGUGAGGAAAGAGAGGAAGAGCAGAACUAGGAAGACGGACUCUGAUAGGCUGGAGCCUGCUGACAUAGCGAAGGACGCUAGCCAUUCAGUGAGCGAGGGGGAUGGAGAGAGAGAGGGUGGAGGAGGGACGUUGGUGGGAGAAAUGAACGAUGGAGGAGAGCAGGUGUGGGAUGGGGGAGAGGGGGUGAGGGGUGGGGGAGAGAGGGUGAGGCCUGAGUUGUUGGAGUUUGUUGGAGACUGGCCUUCAGAGGAGGUACUGGAGCAAAGAAGAAGAAGAGGAGGAGGAAGGAAUGGGAAGCGCCCUGGGAGGGAGGAAGAGGGAGGUGGUGAGGGGGAGGAGGCAGGUCCCAGAGGCAGCCAAUCAGAAGGGCUUCCUGGUAGCGGGCCUCAUGUCACAGAGUUCCAGAAGCUUCUAGAGCUCUUACAGACAGGUGUUGACUCCCACCCUCUGCCCACCUGCCCUUCCCCCAUCCUCUCCCCCUUCUCCCCGAGCUCAGACCAUUCAGUUGAAGGAGGAGAGAGGGGUGAGGCAGGGGGGAGGAGAGGGGAGGCUGAUAAAGACCGAGUCCUGAGUCGGGAGGAAUUACCUGACUGUGUGGUGGUUGAAUCCAACACCGUGGAGCAGAGGGAGGGAGAGACCAUCCAGGUCGCCGUAGAGGGGGGGACGACUCGGGGUUUAGUUGAGGAAGACUUGGUGGAGGUAGAGGGAAGCCAUCCUGGUAAGGUAGAUCGAGGCCAUGUUGGUGAGGUCAGUCAGUGUACUGAUGCUAGUGAGACCAGGAUGGAAGUUGAAGUCGGCCAUCUUGGUGGGGGCAGUCAGUGUGCUGAUAGUGACAGCCAUAUUGGUGAGGGCAGUGUGGAAGCUGGUGAAGACAGCCAUGUUGGUGAGGUCAGUCAGUGUACUGAUGCUAGUGAGACCAGGAUGGAAGGUGAAGUCGGCCAUCUUGGUGGGGGCAGUCAGGAGCGGAAGCAGCAGAGUCGCAGGGCGGGGAAACAGUGCAAACUGGCACUCACCUUCACAAACAACACCCCUCCCUCCCCCAAACCACAGAUAGACCUCGCCCCUGACCUUGACCCUGACCUUGACCCUAAUCUCGACUCUGACCUUGCCCCUAAUCUCGACUCUGACCUUGCCCCUAAUCUCGACUCUGACCUUAACCUUAACCCCGACCUUAACCCUGACCCUAACCUCAACCCUGACCUUAACCCUGACCCUAACCUCAACCCUGACCUUAACCCUGACCUUGACCCAAACCUCAACCCUGACCUCGACCCUAACCUCGACCCUAACCUCAACCCUGACCUCAACCCUAACCUUAACCCUGACCUCGACCCUAACCUCAACCCUAACCUUAACCUUGACCCUGACCUCAACCCUGACCUUAACCCUGACCUUGACCCUAACCUCGACCUCAACCUUAACCUUGACCCUGACCUCAACUCUAACCUUAACCCUAACCCCCACCGCCCCUCCCCUCCUCCGUCAUUGGCCGACACAGAUCGCUCCUCCCAGACCGACCCGCAAGACUUCGCCUUCCUCUGGCGUCUCGACCACAGUCGUCGCGACGACCCAACCGACGCCUCGGGAGACCGCUUUCCCGCUAACGACACCCUCGUCGUUCUCCACGGCAACCCUUCCCGUUUCCUCCCGGAGGUAUCGGCUGCGGUCUCGGCGGGCGUCGCGGUUAACCCUUCCGGCCAGCGAGUGGUGCCGUACCGCGUGACGCACGAGAAGGGGAACCAGGUGGAGGAGAGGGAGCUGGAGGAGGGACGGACCAGGCAGCAGAACCUCUUCAUUCUCAGACGCCAUUUUAAACUGGUCAACAGAGAGACACUGGACGACCUCUAUGACAAGUGUCAGCAGGACCUGGAGUGGACCACUAAUCUGUUGCUAGACUCUGGAGAGAGACUGUUCCUAGAGGAGGAAGAGGAGGAUGAAGAAGAAGAAGAGGGUGAUGAAGAUCUGGACAUGGCCGAGGCGGUGUGUCCGGAGGACGGGACGGAGAGACGGAUUACACCUCCAGGAGAGCAGGCUCCGGCCUCCAGCUGUUCUGAUAGUGAGACGUUUGGAAGAGGGAAGGAGGAAGAGGAAGCGCGGAGGACAGGGGAACGAGUGGACGAAGGGUUAAGGUGGGUUAGCGGACCGAACCAUCCUGUGUCUCGGGGCGGGGGCGGUGGCACAGAGGAGGGAAACUUGGGAGAGCAGGAAGUGGUUCGGGACUCGGAGAACGGAGGGAGCGCGGAGCAGUGGGAGAAAUGGGAGAGGGAGGAGGAGGGAGACGAGGUGACCCAGUCGCUCCUAGCCCAGCUGGAGGAGAUGGAGAGGAGAGAGGAAGAGGAGGAGGAGAGGAAGGAGAAGAGGAGGAAGAGACUCUUGGAUAUACAGAAUGUUGAACUGAAGCUGCCAGCAGAACUGGCCCUGCAACUGGCUGAGCUGUUUGGACCUGUUGGUGUCCUACCAGGUAUGUGUUCCCAUGAUGACUACUCUGUGAAGAUGGAUCUCAACAUGGCCAAACUGCUGCACCAGAAAUGGAAGGACACUGUCCAGGAGAAGCAGAGACAAGCAGCACUCUCCUACCAUCUACUACAAGAGAGCUCUGUCCACUGGGGCGAAUCGCAGACGUCCAAAACCGGGCUCAGGGACGGGUCACGCCCGGCUCACUUCCCUGUUGGUUCGGACGGCUUUGCGUCUCUGAGCGGCCAAUCAGAGGCUCAGGAUGAGUUGCCAAUCGUGGACCACUGGACUAUGUCCCGCCCCCACGUCUCUCUCAGAGACGUCAUGGCUGAAGAACGGGCUCUACAGGAGAAGAUGGAGAGGUCUCGUGGAAGUGGUGUCGACAGGAGAGAUGGAGCCGCCAUGUUGAAGGAGUCUCAGCUCUUUGACCUGUUCCCCAGCAUAGACAGACACUUCCUACAGGACAUCUUCAGAGACCACAAUUACUGUCUGGUGCAGACGGAGCAGUUCCUGAGGUCUAUGUUGGACGAGGGCCCUGUGAGAAACGUUGUGGCCCCAGAACACACACCACGUACACACAGCAAGGACCGAGACAAGAGGCGUGCAGCAGCAGCAGCAGCGCCAGCGGCCCCUCCACAGUCCCUCUCUCAGUACCAGGAUGUUGAGGACCCAGAGUAUGAGGACUUCAGAGCCGAGGCCAGGCUCCAGAAAGGCAAACAGCUGGAGAGCUUCAGCAAGGCUGCGGAGGCUUACAAACAGGGACGCAAAGACGUGGCCUCAUACUACGCUCAACAGGGUCAUCUCCAUGGUCAGAAGAUGCAUGAAGCUAAUCACCGUGCAGCGGCCCAGAUCUUUGAGCGGGUCAACUCCUCCCUGCUGCCUCAGAACGUUCUAGACCUCCACGGACUGCAUGUCGACGAGGCUUUACUCCACCUGUCACAGGUGUUAGAGAGGAAGACCACAGAGUAUCAGCAGGGUGUGUGUGGGUCUCAGCUGUCAGUGAUAACAGGAAGAGGGAACCACAGUCAGGGAGGAGUGGCUCGUAUCCGCCCUGCCGUCACAGACUACCUCCACACACAGGGCUACAGGUUUACUGAGCCUAAGCCAGGUCUGAUGUUGGUGUGUCUGAACUGAGAUGAAGCUGGUCAUGUGACUGACUGUCCUUAUCAAGACACUAAUCUCUCCUCCCCUGGAAUCUACCUCUACCACUUCCUCUCUCACAUACACAAGAAACACACUCCUCUCUCUCUCUCUCUCUCUCUCUCUCUCUCUCUCUCUCUCUCUGUCUCUGUCUCUCUCUCUGUCUCUCUCUCUGUCUCUCUCUCUCUCUCUCUGUCUCUGUCUCUGUCUCUGUCUCUAUCUGUCUCUCUCUCUCUCUCUCUGUCUCUGUGUCUCUCUGUCUCUGUCUCUCUCUCUCUGUCUCUCUCUCUGUCUCUCUCUCUCUCUCUCUCUCUCUCUCUCUCUCUCUCUCUCUCUCUCUCUCUCAUAUUUUAAUUAUUUUAAUAGCUGCCAAAGAAAACGUCUUAACCUCCUUUUUAUGUCUUCACUGUUGCCAGUUUUGUACAAUAUUUGUGUUUUUGAAUGAAACUUUAUCAGGAUUUUACAAACGAUGACAGGAGCAAGAGUUCAUUUAAAUUAGAUUAAAUGUAGAUAUUAAAUGUUGACUUUUAAAAUA